GCAAGUGUGGAGAACAUGGCCUCCUGGGACUUCCCUCUGCCCUUCUGCCGAGCUGAUGAUGCCUGCGGUGGGACGCUUCGGGGGCAGAGUGGGAUUAUUUCAACCCCCCAUUACCCCUCUGAGUAUAUCAACAAUGCCGACUGCACGUGGACCAUUCUAGCAGAGCCGGGGGACACCAUCGCUUUGGUGUUUCUGGAUUUCCAACUAGAGGAUGAAUAUGACUUUUUGGAGGUCACUGGAACAGAGGGCUCCUCCCUAUGGUUUACGGGAACAAAUCUUCCUGCCCCUGUAAUCAGCAGCAAAAACUGGCUUCGCCUUCAUUUUAUGUCAGACGGCAACCACAGGCAAAAGGGCUUCAGCGCACAAUAUCAAGUCAAAAAGCAAAUGGAAAUGAAGUCCCGGGGAGUGAAAUUGAUGCCAAGUAAAGACACUAACCAGAAGACAUCUGUGUUAACACAGGUUGGUGUGUCCCAGGGACACAACAUGUGCCCGGACCCUGGGAUUCCAGAUCGAGGCAAAAGGAUAGGCACAGAUUUCAGGUUGGGCUCCAGUGUCCAGUUCACCUGUAAUGAGGGCUAUGAUUUGCAGGGCUCCAAAAGCAUCACCUGUAAGAGACUGAGCGGCAUGAGUGCAGCCUGGAGUGACCAGAGGCCAGUGUGUAGAGCUAGGAUGUGUGACACAUACCUCCGAGGCCCCAGCGGCGUUAUCACAUCUCCCAACUAUCCUGUCCAGUAUGAUAACAAUGCCUAUUGCGUGUGGGUGAUUACAGCAGUCAACCCAGCCAAGGUUAUCAAGCUCCACUUUGAAGAAUUUGACUUGGAGAGAGGAUAUGAUACACUGACUGUGGGCGAUGGAGGUCAGGUCGGAGACCAGAAGAGUGUGCUUUAUAUCUUAACAGGUACAACAGUUCCUGAUCUGAUCGUCAGCACCCAACAUCAGAUGUGGCUUCUGUUCCAGACAGACAGUGUGAAGAACCUGCUGGGCUUCAAAGCAACCUAUGAAGAGAUUGACCAAGGGAGUUGCGGAGAUCCAGGUGUGCCGGCCUAUGGCAAAAGAGAAGGCUCAACCUUUCACCACGGGGACUCACUGACGUUUGAAUGCCAGCCUGCAUUUGAACUGAAAGGACAGAAAACAAUCACUUGUCAAAAGAGUAGCCAGUGGUCUUCUCAGAAACCAAUCUGUGUUUUUUCCUGCUUCUUCAACUUCACCACCCCUUCUGGUAUUGUCCUUUCCCCAAACUACCCUGAGGAAUAUGGCAGCAGCCUUCACUGUGUCUGGCUGAUCAUUGCAAAACCUGAAAGCCGCAUCCACCUGGCCUUUAACGAUUUUGAUGUGGAGCCCCAGUUUGACUUCCUGGUCGUCAAAGAUGGCGGGACUGCAGAAUCGCCUGUGCUGGGGACAUUCUCUGGGAGCCAGCUGCCCUCUUCCCUGACCAGCAGUGGCCAUGUCGCCAGGUUGGAAUUUCAGACUGACCACUCCACUGAGAAACGAGGCUUCAAUAUCACCUUCACCACCUUCAGACACAACGAGUGCCCGGAUCCCGGAGUGCCAGUCAAUGGGAAGCGGUUUGGAGACAGUCUCCAGCUUGGCAGCUCUGUCUCCUUCCUGUGUGAUGAGGGAUUCAUCAGGACACACGGCUCAGAAACUGUCACCUGCGUCUUGAAGGAAGGCAACGUGGUUUGGGACAACGCUGUCCUGAGAUGUGAAGCUCCAUGUGGUGGUCAUCUGACUUCUGCAAGUGGAAUGAUCCUGUCUCCAGGAUGGCCAGGGUUCUACAAGGAUUCCCUAAAUUGUGCAUGGGUCAUAGAAGCGCAACCAGGAUACCCAAUCAAGAUUACAUUUGACAGAUUCAAAACAGAGGUGAACUAUGACACGCUGGAAGUGCGUGACGGCAAGUCCUAUUCGUCCCCGCUGAUAGGCAUCUACGACGGUACCCAGGUGCCCCAGUUCCUCAUCAGCACCAGCAACUUCCUCUAUCUGCUCUUCACCACUGACAAGAGCCACUCAGACAUCGGCUUUCAGAUCCACUAUGAAACAGUAAAGCUCCAAUCAGACCACUGCUUGGACCCAGGGAUUCCUGUCAAUGGGCAACGUCAUGGGAAUGAUUUCUAUGUGGGAGCCCUGGUGACCUUUGGCUGUGACCCAGGCUACACGCUGAGUGACAAUGAAGCUCUGGAGUGUGAACCUAAUUUCCAGUGGAGCAGGCCUCUUCCUAGCUGCGAGGCUCUCUGUGGGGGCUACAUCCGUGGAUCCAGCGGCACCGUCCUAUCGCCAGGCUUCCCAGAUUUCUAUCCCAACAAUUUAAACUGCACAUGGAUCAUAGAAGCUUCUCAUGGCAAAGUGUCUACCGCUACCUCCUGCAAUGACCCCGGGGUUCCGCAGAACGGGAGCCGGAGCGGCGACACGAAGGAGGCAGGCGAUGCCAUUGUUUUCCAGUGUGAUCCGGGUUAUGCCCUGCAAGGGGAGGCCAAGAUCAGCUGUGUGCAGAUCGAGAACCGGUUUUUCUGGCAGCCUGACCCACCCACGUGCACAGCUCCCUGUGGAGGGAUCCUGACAGGACCGUCAGGGGUAAUCUUGUCACCAAACUACCCAGAGCCCUACCCACCAGGGAAGGAGUGUGACUGGAAGUUGACUGUCUCUCCCGAUGACGUCAUUGCCUUGGUGUUUCACACCUUCAAUUUGGAACCAGGCUAUGAUUUCUUACACAUCUAUGAUGGGCCCAACUCACUCAGCCCCUUGAUUGGCAGCUUCUACGACACCCAGCUGCCGGAGAGGAUUGAAAGCAGCGGCAAUGCUCUGUUCCUGGCCUUCCGGAGUGAUGCCUCCGUCAGCAACACGGGAUUUGUGAUCCAUUACACAGAAAACCCAAGGGAAUCCUGCUUUGAUCCUGGCUUGAUUAAGAAUGGUACUCGGGCUGGAAACGAAUUGAAACUGGGAUCCACCAUCACAUAUCACUGCGACAGUGGCUACAUGAUUGAAGGGGUGUCUACCUUGACAUGCAUCAUGGGAGGAGAUGGGAAACCUGUGUGGAAUAAACCACGGCCGGUGUGUACAGCACCAUGCGGAGGCCAAUACAUCGGGUCAGACGGGGUUGUCCUUUCACCAAACUAUCCCCGGAACUACACCAGUGGACAAGUGUGCCUGUAUUUCAUCGUUGUGCCCAAAGACUAUGUCGUGUUCGGUCAGUUUGCCUUCUUCCAGACGGCUCUCCACGACAUCAUCGAGGUGCACGAUGGCCCCAACCAGCAUUCCCGUCUCCUCGGCUCCCUCUCCGGCUCUCACACAGGCGAAUCCUUGCCUCUGGCCACCAGCAACCAAAUACUGAUCAAGUUCAGUGCCAAAGGCCAAGCCACUGCCAAAGGCUUCCACUUUGUCUACCAAGCGGUUCCACGAACGAGUGCCACGCAGUGCAGCUCUGUGCCGGAACCCCGGUAUGGCAGGCGGAUAGGAAGUGAUUUCUCCGUAGGCGCUGUGAUUCUCUUCGAGUGCAGUGCUGGUUAUGCCCUCCAGGGAUCCCGCAGUAUCGAGUGCCUGACAAUGCCUGGAGCACUCGCCCAGUGGAACUCCUCCGUGCCUGCUUGCGUUGUGCCCUGCGGUGGAAACUUAACGGAGCGAAAAGGCACCAUUUUGUCCCCUGGAUUCCCUGAACCCUAUUUGAACAGUCUCAACUGUGUGUGGAAAAUAACCGUCCCUGAAGGAGCCGGAAUACAGAUCCAAGUGAUCAGUUUUGUCACUGAACAGAACUGGGAUUCACUAGAAGUCUUCGAUGGAGGAGAUAACACAGCCACUAUGCUGGGAAGCUUCUCAGGAACCACAGUCCCUGCGUUGCUGAACAGCACCUCCAACCAACUCUACCUGCAUUUCUACUCCGACAUCAGCGUCUCUGCUGCAGGAUUUCACCUCGAAUACAAAACUGUAGGCUUAUCCAGCUGCCCAGAACCCAACGUCCCCAGCAAUGGUCUGAAGAUUGGGGAGAGGUACAUGGUGAACGAUGUUGUCUCCUUCCAGUGUGAGCCAGGCUAUGCGCUCCAGGGACACUCUCACAUUUCCUGCAUGCCAGGGACUGUCCGGCGCUGGAACUAUCCUCCUCCGCUCUGCAUCGCUCAGUGCGGAGGGACCAUGGAGGAGAUGGAGGGGGUGAUCCUGAGCCCCGGCUUUCCCGGAAACUACCCCAGCAACAGUGACUGCACGUGGAGGGUUUCCUUUCCUGUGGGGUUCGGUGCUCACAUCCAGUUCCUGAAUUUCUCCACUGAGCCCAACCAUGACUUUGUCGAAAUCCGGAACGGGCCGUAUGACACCAGCAACAUCAUCAGCCGGUUUAGCGGGACUGACCUCCCAGGCUCCCUCCUGUCUACAUCACACGAAACCACCAUCUAUUUCCACAGUGACCACUCACAGAACAAGCCUGGUUUUAAGGUGGAGUACCAAGCCUAUGAACUCCAGGAGUGCCCUGACCCCGAGCCCUUUGCCAAUGGCGUUGUGAGAGGAGCUGGUUACAGCGUGGGCCAAUCAAUUUCCUUUGAGUGUCUCCCUGGCUAUCAGCUGGUUGGCCACCCUGUCUUGACCUGCCAACACGGAACCAAUAGGAACUGGGACCACCCACUGCCCAGGUGUGAAGUCCCCUGUGGAGGAAACAUCACUGCCCACAAUGGCACUAUCUACUCACCAGGCUUCCCCAAUCAGUAUCCCAAUUCUCAGGACUGCACAUGGCUCCUCACGGUGUCAGCAGGAUACGGCAUCCACCUCAACUUCUCCCUGCUGCAAACGGAGCCAUAUAAUGACUUCAUCACUGUCUGGGAUGGGCCUCAGCAGACGGCUCCCCAGCUGGGGGUCUUCACAGGAAACUCAGCCAAGAAAGCCACCCAAAGUUCUUCCAACCAGGUCCUCCUGAAGUUUGUUAGUGAUGCAGCCAAUGGAGGGAUCUUUGCCAUCUAUUUUUAUGCCUAUCAGCUUUCGAGGUGCCAGCCUCCGACGAUGGUCCCCCACGCUGAAAUCAUCACUGAGAAUGAGGAUUACAGCAUAGGUGACAUCAUUAGGUACCAAUGUCUUCCUGGCUUCACAUUGGUGGGAAAUGAGAUCCUGACCUGCAGACUUGGCACCCACUUACAGUUUGAAGGUCCUCCCCCAACCUGUGAAGUCCACUGCCCCAUGAAUGAGGUCCUCACAGAGUCCACCGGAGUGAUCCUGAGCCCGACCUUCACAGGCAGCUACCCCCACUUUCUGACGUGCUCUUGGGUCAUCAAGGUUGAACCUGAAUAUAACAUCUCCUUCACUGUUGAAUAUUUCUUGAGCGAGAAGCAGUAUGAUGAGUUUGGGAUAUUUGAUGGUCCUACGGUUCACAGUCCACUUUUGCUCUCUCUCAGUGGGAAUUACACUGCUCCACUGGUGGUAACAAGUUCAAGCAACAGAGUUUACCUCCACUGGUCCUCUGACCACGCUUAUAGCAGGAAGGGCUUCAGGAUUCGCUAUUCAGCCGCUUACUGCAGCCUCCCUCGGCCGCCUCUCCAUGGCUCCAUCCUCAGCCACACCGGCCUACAGCCAGGAAGCACCAUUCAUUUCAGUUGCGAUGCCGGCUUCCGCCUGGUUGGCCACAGCUUUGCAACAUGUUCGAGGCACCCGCAGGGUUACUUCCACUGGAGCGAAGCCAUUCCUCUGUGUCAAGCUAUUUCCUGUGGAGUUCCCAGAGCUCCCAAGAACGGCUUUGUUUUUGGCAAAGAGUAUACGGUGGGAACCAAAGCAGUCUAUCAAUGCAAGGAAGGCUUCCACCUCCAAAGCCAGGAUGACUCCAGUUCAGAAUGCCUGCCUAACGGGCAGUGGAGCAACAACAACAGCCCUCUUCCAUGUGUGGCGGUCAGCUGCCCUGACAUCAGUGGCAUUGCCGUGGAGCAUGGGAGAUGGAGGCUGAUCUAUGAGACCCAGUAUCAGUACAACGCCCAGCUUAUGUUAAUCUGUGACCCUGGCUACUACUACAUAGGACACCGGGUCAUCCGUUGCCAGGCCAGUGGGAAGUGGAGCAUAGGAGAGCCUGUGCCGACCUGCAGAAUCAUCUCCUGUGGAGACCUGCCGGUGCCAUCCAAUGGGAAUAGGAUCGGGACCUUAACCACCUAUGGCGCGACAGCCAUUUUCUCCUGCAAUACGGGGUACACACUGGUGGGCUCGCGUGUGCGAGAGUGCAUGGCAAACGGCCUCUGGAGCGGACUAGAAGUGACAUGUCUAGCGGGCCAUUGUGGUGAACCAGGCCCAAUCGUCAAUGGCCAGAUCAACGGUGACAACUUCAACUACCGAGGCAGCGUGGUGUACCAGUGCAACCCUGGCUUCCGACUCAUUGGGAUGUCUGUCCGGAUCUGCCAGCAAGAUCACCGUUGGUCUGGAAGGACUCCUGUCUGUGUGCCCAUAACCUGCGGUCACCCAGGCAACCCAGCCAAUGGCCUGACGCAAGGCAACCAGUUCAACCUGAACGAUGUGGCUAAGUUUGUGUGCAACACCGGGUACCGCCUGGAGGGGGCCGCCCGGUCCCAGUGCCUGGCGAACGGCCAGUGGAGUACCGCCUUGCCCAUCUGCCGCAUCGUAAACUGUACUGACCCUGGGCACCUGGAAAACAGCGUCCGGCAAGUGCAACCGAGCGGGCCUCACAGAUUCAGCUUUGGAACCACAGUCUCUUAUCAGUGCAACCAUGGAUAUUACUUGCUGGGGACCCAUGUCCUUACCUGUCAGGGGGAUGGCACUUGGGAUCGGCUCCUCCCAGUGUGUCAUUUGGUCUCCUGCGGCCACCCUGGGUCACCGCCUUAUGCCCAGAUCUUGGGCGACGUCCACACGGCUGGGUCAGUGGUGCGCUACAGCUGCCUGGAGGGGAGAAGCUUGAUGGGCAAUUCCACCCGCCUGUGCCAGCUGGAUGGACGCUGGAGCGGCUCUCUGCCGCACUGCUCAGGACACCUCCAGGGGUUGUGCGGUGACCCGGGCAUCCCUUCGCAUGGCAUCCGGCACGGCGGGAAUGAGUUGGGCGUGGAUAGCACUGUCUGGUUCAGCUGCGAGCCAGGCUACACACUUCGAGGCUCGCUGCAGAGGCUGUGCCUGGCCAAUGGAUCCUGGAGCGGCACUCAGCCGGAGUGUGAAGUUAUAUCCUGUGGGAACCCCGGGACCCCCAGCAAUGCCCGGGUGGUCUUCAACGAUGGCCUGGUGUUCUCCAGCUCAAUCAUAUACAAAUGCCGGGAGGGCUAUUACUCCACGGGCGUCCUCAGCAGGCACUGCACUGUCAACGGAACCUGGACAGGGAGCAGCCCGGAGUGCAUGGUGAUAAAUUGUGGGGAUCCUGGUGUCCCGGCCAAUGGCAUUCGGAUGGGCAACGACUUUGCCUUCAACAAGAGCAUCAUGUUCCAGUGCAUUCCUGGCUACAUGAUGGAGUCAGACAGAGCUUCCACUUUGACUUGCACCAAGGAUCGGAUCUGGAAUGGCACAAAACCCGUCUGCAAAGCCAUCAUCUGUAAGCCUCCACAAGCCAUCCCCAAUGGGAAAGUUGUGGGCUCAGACUUCAGCUGGGGCUCAAGCGUGAGCUAUGCCUGCCUCGAAGGAUAUCAGCUCUCCCUGCCUGCUGUCCUGACCUGUGAAGGGAACGGCUCCUGGAGCGGAGAACUCCCGCAGUGUUUUCCUGUUUUCUGUGGUGAUCCAGGGAUCCCAGCUGAAGCAAGACGUGAAGACCGGGGGUUUACCUACCGUUCCUCUGUCUCAUAUUCUUGCUUGCCCCCACUGGUGCUGGUGGGGUCAGCACGGAGGUUCUGCCAAUCUGAUGGGACGUGGAGUGGAACUCAGCCCAGCUGCAUAGAUGCAACUCUUACAACAUGUGUAGAUCCUGGAGUGCCCCUUUUUGGAACACAGAACAAUUCCCAAGGUUAUCAGGUUGGGAGCGUUGUCUUUUUCAAGUGCCACAAAGGAUACCUGCUACAAGGCUCCACCACAAGAACGUGCCUCCCGAACCUCACGUGGAGCGGAGUGCAGCCAGACUGCAUCCCUCACAACUGCAAGGAGCCGGAAACCCCCUCCCAUGCCAACGUGGGUGCCUUGGACCUGCCUUCCCUCGGAUACACCCUGAUCUACUCUUGCCAGAGCGGCUAUUAUCUCACCGGAGGAUCCGAGCACAGGACCUGCAAAGCUGAUGGGAGCUGGACAGGGAAGCCCCCCGUGUGCCUCGCGGAUAUUCAACCGAGUGGGAGACCCGUGGGCACCGCAAGGGACCCGCCGCUUCCCAAAGUGUCAGUUCCUCCAGAUGUCUUUGCAAGGAACUCCUUCUGGAAAGGCUCCUACGAGUACCUGGGCAAGAAGCAGCCGGCGAUGCUCUCCGUCACCAGCUUUGAUCCGGUCACCAGUAAAGUCAACGCCACCCUCACAGACCACAGUGGCGUGGAGCUGCAAGUGUCGGGUAUUUACAAAAGGGAAGAUGUGCAUCUCCUUCUCCAGGUGUACCAGAUUACAGGGCCAGUGGAGAUCUUCAUGAACAAAUUCAAAAGUGACAAGUGGGCUUUAGAUGGACACGUCACCCCAGAAUCCUCCAGCGGGACGUUCGUCUACCAGGGUUUUGUGCAUGGCAAAGGUUUUGGGCAGUUUGGCCUCCAGAGGCUAGACAGCAGAAUCAUAGAGCGGGAUUCCGAGUCAAUGGGACAUCCGUUUGCAUCCAACAGCAGUUCAGUGGCAGCCGCUAUCCUCGUGCCUUUCAUCGCCCUGAUUAUUGCAGGGUUUGUGCUUUAUCUCUACAAGCACAGAAGGAGACCGAAGGUGCCGUUCAAUGGCUAUGCUGGCCAUGAAAACACCAAUGUCCGAGGAACGUUUGAAAACCCAAUGUAUGACCGCAACUUGCAGCCGACGGAUAUCAUGGCCAACGAGGCGGAGUUCGCCGUCAGUACCGUGUGCACUGCAGUAUAG